AUGACCUGCUUCAGAAUGCGCGACGAACCCCCAGCCUACGAAGAAGCCGCAGGCUCCAGCUCGACCGCCAUCCCAGGCGACACCAAGACACAGUUGCAAGAUGAGGAUCAGCGAUCGCAAUACGGGCUGAUUUCCAUCUCGGGGUACGACCGUAUUCGUCUCAUGCGCUUCCCGGAAUCUGUUGUCGCGCUUGUAUCGGAGACACUCCAGAGACACUGGCCCAAGGGUAUACAAAAUGUAAAGGCGUACUAUGAGAGCACGGAGUUCAAGCUGCGUGGAAACCCUUUUGAACACGGCAAUGAUGAUGAGAAGGUUGCGCUGCGGAAUGUUAUAUUAGGGCUUCUGGAUGCUCUUGCGAGAGAGGGUUGGGGUGUUCAUCCUGCUGCCGGGGGGUUGGGGCGCAUAGGGAAUUAUACGUCGUUUGGGCAGAAGGAUAGCUUGAUAUUCAAGCGCCAAGACUCACAACAGCUCUCAUGGAUGUGUAUCUCCUUCGACUCUGAAGACCUCAUGCACCUCAUCAACGCUCCUCCCGAGUUGGCCCUGUCCCUGGUUGCAGUCUUCGGGGACCGGAUCAAGAACUGUAACCAGGAUCUUGUGAGCGGAAACUUUGAGGUCAAGUUCCAAAAAAGGUUAUGGGCUAAGUCGUCGGACGAAGGAGCGGUGCUGAGUAGAGUGGCCAUACUAGAUGUGCUUCAGUGUCUGGAGGGCCAGGGGUUUACGUUGUGUUCAAGCUUGGAUAUCGACCAUGGCAAUGGGGGUGAGUUGUAUAAGAGUAGUGGGGAGACAUGGUUUUGUUGUCGGUGA